UCUACUUAGGAGAGAACUUCAUCAGGAAGUCUUCCAGGUAAUAGAAUACAAUCAAACUGAGAACUACUGUGGAAACGUUGAUCCCAUGCCCACCAAGUAACGAGCCGUCGACUCGCUGAAAACCCUAAAUACCACCGUUGCAGAUUAGCCACAGCACCGCUUCAGUUCGUGCUCUUCUUUUCUGCUGGUUCUCUCCCUGAUAGGCAUGGAAAGUGCACCUAAAGCCAUGGCACUGAUCAGCUCUCAGGACACACUUGCUCUUGCCUGUAGACGUGAUAGGAUGAGUGUUCUUCCAGAAUCAGUCAUCUUUCGCAUAUUCUCAUUCCUCCGGCCUAAUGAAUCUGCUAUUCUUAGCUUGGUAUCGAGAAGGUUUAGACAACUUUGCAUUAACAGCCCUUACCUGUACUUCUGUGCCAAUUUUGAUUCCAAAGGGUGUUUGAGAAGGUAUACCCAGUUCUGUUAUUAUGUGGAUAAAAUGAUGAGAACGCGAGAUAGGCUUGGAAUUGAGAUAGACAAAUUUCUUAUUCACUGGUUUUGCAAGCAACCCAGGUAUAAUAUUGGAGGAACUAUUGUUGAUGCUUGGGUUAAAAUUGCUACUAAAUGUAAUGUUGGAGAGCUAGAUAUUCUCGUUAAUUUAGACGAAUGGCUCGGAUGGGGAGUCUAUUCAUUGCCUGAGUGUGUUUUUAGGUGCAAGUCUUUACGUGUGUUGAAAUUGAAUCUGCAGAUGGGAAAGUUUUAUUUGGUAUCAACUGAGAAUAUGGACUCAGUUGAGGACCUGUUGCUAGAUUCUAUGAUAAUCAAUGAGAGAAAUUUUGGAGAAAAGAUUUCUGGUUCUUGGACUUCCCUUAGAAGGUUAAUUCUUGAGAAGGUUCAUUUGGUUGUUGAGCUCAACAUAACCAGUUCAUCUCUUGAAGAGCUAAAAAUGUCUAACUGCGAAGGAGGAGCUUAUGUCGACUGGCAUUUCAGCGUUUCCAGUUCAUCUUUGAAGAAUCUGUGUAUUUCCAGGUGCCAUUUUAAAGUCCCCACCCUCAUGAACCUUAGGUGCCCAUCUCUAGAGAAUUUCACUCUCCAAGGGUCUGAUUUUGACAAGCUUUCAACUUUCAAGAUAGCAUCUUUGUCAAUUGAAAAUUUUAGAAUCUGUGGGUCUAAUUUCCUGAAAGGCUGCUGCUUCUGCAUUUCAUGUCCAUCUGUUAAGCAUAUUAAGAUCGGCAGCAGCAAUUUUGAAGACUUUUGCUUUAUUGAAAUCAACAGUUCUUCACUUGGAGACUUGACUGUUUCGGAUUGCGAAUUAAGUCGUCCCCAGAUACCAAAUUUCAAAUUGGCCCCUGGAAAACGAAUCCAUAUUGUUGCUGAAAAGCUUCAGACAUUGACAAUAAACUCUUCGGACAAGCAUUUAUACAACUUGCCAUUGUCAAUUUCCACUCCCAAUAUCCAGGAUAUAAAAUGGACAGGAAAUCCUGUGGAUUUUAGUUAUUUGGAGAGUUUCUUGUCACUAGUGGAUGCUACAAUUUACAUUAAACCUUCUUGUCAGCACAAGAGUAAGGAGUUAGCUUGCCGUUGCAAGCUUGUCCAGAGUUUAAUAUAUUGUGCUGCUAUGCUUCUUCAAAGCUUGAAAUAUGCCAAAUUCUUAAAAAUCAACAUUUGGCCUAUUGAGAUGUUCUUUAUGCAAAACAAUGAGCCGAUAUAUUUUAACAAUCUAUUGUGCUUGUUAUUGACGGUGGAUUCACUGACUGACCAAACUCCCUUGAUUGCCUCCUUCCUCAAGGGAUUGCCAAAUCUAAGGACUCUAAUAAUAAAAUGUAGGCCGAAGUCCCAUGUGAUUGAUGAGCCAAAUUUCAUCAGCUUACUGGGGUUGUGUCCAAAGACCUUUAAUCUGUCACUUAGUGAAGAAGGGGUAAAGAUCUUUAGGAGAAAUGCUCAAGAUGUUGAAGGCUAACUGGAUAAGAAGUGGAUGGAACACUACAGUUAUUUUCACAUUAAUUUAGGGCUAGCUAGAUGAUACAGAAUAUUAUUUGCUUAGACGAUACUGAAAAAUGAGAUUUUAUUAUUAGCAUAGAUCAUUGAAUUGGCUACUCUUCGAAAGUUUAUUGGCGUGCUUGUUCUUCUAAUUUGCCAGUGACAAGGUAAUUUCGUGGCGUGUUUGUGCUCUGCCAAGAAUCUAAAAACAAAUAUUCCAGAUUUAAUAUUUUUCUUUUCUUAUUUAAUUUGUGAUCAUCUGCUUUUCAAACAUUCUGAUCAACAGCUUUGUUUGUUC